AUGAAGAGCAACAGCAGCCUGAAUCCUUUAUACAUUCAGUUCACUCUGUUUGCAGACUAUGGGCCCCUCAGAUAUCUCUUCUUUAUUCUGUGUCUGUUGAUCUACAUGACUAUAAUCUCUGCUAAUGUUGUCAUUAUUCUGACAAUCUGCCUGGAGAAGUCUCUGCAUCAGCCCAUGUAUAUUUUCAUCUGCAGUCUGUCAUGUAACUCUCUGUACGGCUCGGCCGGCUUCUUCCCCAGGUUUCUGUCUGACCUUCUGUCUGACACUCACUUCAUCAUACUGCCUUUGUGUAUUCUGCAGAUGUAUGUUAUUUACAGCUAUGCAGCAUUUGAGCUGUUUAUUCUGUGCAUCAUGGCCUACGACAGAUUUGUUGCUAUUUGCCAGCCUUUACAUUAUCACAGUAAAAUGACAGUGAAGAGGGUGACACAGCUUCUAAUAAGUGCAUUUCUCUACCCUGCUGUUGGUUUAGGCUUCUGUGUUUAUCUUAUUGUUCGAUUACCGUUGUGUGGAAAUAAAGUGCACAGGGUUUUCUGCUCUGUGAUUCACCUCUCCUGUUUGGAAAGAAAUCUGACUGAUAAAAUAAAUAGUCUUUUCAGCCUAACACUUUUCUACAUCCCCCUAUUCUUUAUCCUGUUCAGCUAUCUGCGUAUCCUACUCAUUUGCAGGAGAUUCUCGUCUGAAUUCAGAGAAAAGGCGUUACAAACCUGCCUGCCUCACAUUGGAACAUUUAUAAACUUUUUCUUUUCUUUCUCGUGUGAGCUUUUGCUGAGUCGGUUUAUAGCUGAUGACGUUAAUCCGAUUGUUAUUGUUGCUUUAUCUCUGGAGUUUUUGAUCAUUCCUCCCAUCACUAACCCUUUACUUUACGGCCUGAGUCUGCCUCAGAUCAGACGACUGAUUUUAAGAUCCUUUUAGGAUUGUUUGUACAUUUAUUUCAAAGAAAUACCAAAAUAUAUAUCGUUAGCCUCAUAGCAUAAUUGCCUAAAUCAUAUUUUGGCCAAAUUGUGAUAUCUGCCUAACUUUACUCUCCUACCACUGCUGCAUCUUUCUGCCUUAUUGCCUAUGUUCUCAGCCUAUCAGAACACUUGUUAGAGUCCAAAAUCACUUUCUGCCUUAGUCAUCUCCUUGACUUACAUACAAACCAAACUACAUUAUUUAUAUGUAAGAGAAAAAUUGCCUUAGUCAGGGCAUAUUCUGCCUAAGUCACUUUCAUCUGUUAUGAAAUCGAUGUGUUUAAUUUUUUAUGCAAACUUGUUCACACUUCUAUUUGAAUUUACUGUUACAAUAUCAAUUAAGAAUACCAAUGGGCUUACUAAAAAUUGUGUAUUUUCUUAUUUCCCGAAAACGUUCAAAUAUGACUUAGGCAAAUAUGCUAUGAGGAUAACAUAUAUAUAUAUAUAUAUGAUUAUUAUAAUAACCGAGUAUAAUAUUAGCGAGGUCCUUCGCCUUUUCACUCAGGCAGUCCUGUGGCCC